GAUUUCAGGAGCAAACAGAUAGGUGGUGACCAUGUUCCGAGCAGAGACCUGGUUCCGGGCCCAACGGUACCUGUCUGCCACUGUACGGAGGAACAGCUUCUGGAGAAACCCAAAGGGCCGCCUGGCUGAUCGUGUGGCCGUGGUCACAGGCUCCACCAGUGGGAUCGGCCUGGCUGUGGCCCGGCGUCUGGCCCAGGACGGGGCCCACGUGGUGGUCAGCAGCCGAAAGCAGCCGAACGUUGACCGUGCCAUAGCCAUGUUGCAGGGCGAGGGGCUGAGUGUGUCGGGCACUGUGUGCCAUGUGGGGAAGGCCGAGGAUCGUGAGAGACUGGUGGCCAAGGCUUUGGAGCACUGUGGGGCUGUGGACAUCCUGGUAUGCAAUGCAGCGGUCAACCCCCUGGUUGGGAGCACUCUGGGAAGCAGCGAGCAGGUGUGGGACAAGGUAAGGCCUAAGGAUGGUUUAGGGUGUGAAAUGUGUCCUGAGCUAAAUUCUAAACGUCAAUGUGAAGUCCCCGGCUCUGCUUUUGAGCUUGCUGCUGCCCCAUAUGGAGAAGAGGGGGUAGGACUGACUGCAGGGCGGGAGUGGGGACUGGUGGCAUUUGGAGAGACUGAGGCACAGGAAUGGUGUCUGGAGAGACAGGGAUGUUGCUGGGAGGGUUGGAGGAAAGAAGAGGUCUCCCUGGGGUCCCCUUUUCUGUCCUCAUCUUUGCGCAGCUAUUUCCCAGAGCAGUGGUUUGGGGGAAGAGGUGAUGUUUCCAGUUCCCUGCUGGUCUGA